CCUCUUUCCUCUUUCAUUUAUUAAAUAUUAAUUGUUUACUUUCAUAAAUCAUUUAUUUAUUAUUCAUCCCCAAAAUUCAACCAUAUGAAUCAAUGCCUAUCUUUCAGUUUCUUCAAGUUCAUAGUCAAACCUAACACACACUCGUAAAUUCUCACCUUCUUCUUCUUCCCAAUCAAUUUCUCCGUCUUUCAUUCUUCAACAACCCCAACUCUCUCUGUAAAUAGUGUGCAUUUUUGUUCUUCAAUUCGUAGUAGUUCUUUGAAUUUGAAGUGCAAUGGGGGCGGUUUGCUCGGCUGGCAUGGCUGAGGGAAAUGCAGAGCUUGUAGGGAACAACAAGGCUUUGGUGGUUUCUGGGAAGGUUAAGAAAGAAAACAGUUCUACAAAUCGGAAAGAAAAUUUUGCAGAUUCUAGGUCUUAUAGUCAAGGUAGUAGAAAGCACAAGAAGCAUCAUGGGACUGAUGAAUUUCGUUUAUCCACUCCCAGUCCAUCUGGGGGCAAACAGGUCGGCCAGAGGGUCUCUUUUCUGGGAAAAGCUAGCGAGAGGGCGGUAGAAGUUCUGGACACACUUGGAAGUGGAAUGCCAAAGUUGAACAGCGGCAGUGGGUUUGUCUCUGGCAUGUCUUCUAAAGGGCAUAGAAUAUCCAUAUUGGCAUUUGAAGUAGCUAAUACGAUAACCAGAGGAGCAAUUUUGUUUCAGUCACUUUCUGAAGAGAACAUUCAGUUUCUUAAAAAGGAGGUUUUACAAUCAAAAGGGAUUCAACAAUUAGUCUCGACUGAUAUGAAGGAGUUAAUAAGUCUUGCCGAGGCCGACAAAAGGGAAGAAUUCACUGUCUUCUCAAGGGAAGUAACUAGAUUUGGAAACAUGUGUAAAGACCCACAGUGGCACAACCUAGAUCGAUAUUUUUCAAGAUUAGACUUGGAUGUCAUGGGCGGCAAACAAUAUCGUGUAGAGGCAGAAAAGACAAUGCAAGAGUUUACCAAUCUUGUUCAGCAUACUGCUGAAUUAUACCAUGAAUUAAAUGCUUAUGAACGUUUUGAACAAGACUAUCAGCAGAAGAUCAAGGAAAUGGAGUCCUUAAAUAUUCCUUUAAAAGGGGAGAGUAUCACAAUCUUUCAGAGCGAGCUUAAGCAUCAAAAAAAGCUUGUGAGGAGCUUGAAAAGGAAGUCUCUUUGGUCCCGAAAUUUGGAGGAGAUAGUUGAAAAGCUCGUUGAUAUUGUUAGCUAUAUACAUCAAGCAAUUUGUGAGUUUCUUGGAAAUCAUGGUAAUGGUGCUGCUAAGUAUGGUAAGGGUCCUGAAAGACUAGGUGAAGCUGGUCUUGCACUACAUUAUGCUAACAUCAUCAAUCAGAUAAAUAUGAUUGCAUCUCGCCCAGCCUCUCUUCCUCCAAAUAUAAGGGACACAUUAUAUCGCAGCUUGCCCAACAAUAUUAAAAGUGCUCUUCCAUCUCGGCUGCAAACCAUUGCUACCAUGAAAGAGCCCUCCAUCCCUCAAAUGAAAGCCGAAAUGGACAAGACUCUUAAGUGGCUUGCACCAUUUGCCACAAACACAAUCAAAGCACAUCAAGGUUUUGGAUGGGUAGGUGAAUGGGCAAAUACAAGUAAUGACUUUGGUGAUAACACAACCAAAGAAAGUAACCUGAUUCGCCUCCAGACUCUUUAUUAUGCUGAUAAGAAGAAGAUAGAUGUUCACAUCAUUGAGUUGUUGGCAUGGCUUCACCAUUUGAUUAGCUCUGUAAGAACCAGACAAAAUGCCUCAAGACCAAUGCCAAUGCCGUCACGAUCUCCUCCCAAGGGACAUGAUGAAUUUCAGUCUAAGAUGCGACAGUUUCUAAUUCUAUCUGUGGACAGUAGCAACAAGCCGUUAGGAACUCAACUUUCUCUAGAGGAUAGGAGGUUAUUAGAGGAGGUAAUUGCAAGGAGGAGGAGCCCAGGAGUUAGCAAAAGUGAGGAACUUGGUGCAGCUAACAAAACAAAAGCCAGACAUUUGCUUAGGACCAGAAGUGCUGGGAGUGUACCUGUUAGCGAGUUCUUCGGUACAAGAUUCACUGUGAGCCGCCAAAACUACAACACUUUGGAUAUUAUGGAUGGCUUGAGAUGAUGGAACUUCUUCCAUCUUCUUGCUGUGUUUUGUCUGCUGAAAUUCUAGCUGCUCGCUUGCCAAUAAUUCUCAUAAUUCAUUUCUUAUUAAUUUUAACUCUGUAUAUGUCUAUAUAUAGAUAGCUAGGGGAGGCCUGAUUUAUUUUUUGAAGAUUAAUUUUGUACAUGGAAAUAGUUGAAUUCCUUUUUUCUUCAUAUUUUUAGUCAAUAUACUGUUCUAGUUUUGGUCAA